AACAAAAGCUUCGCCCCCCUUUCCCCAAUGGCGCAGUCGGCUCACUCUCACACGAGCACUCGCUUACCCUAGCUUCAACGCCAGCGCGCACCUCCCCUUCCCUUUGUUCGACGAUGGCGUCCACACCGCCGCCGGUAAUCGGCAAGGCGGGAAACCUCACUGUCUUCAUCACGCCCCCGGCCACGCCGCCUCCAGUGGAUACCCCGACCUCUCGUUCGGCCGAGUCGCCAGGAUCUGAGUUUUCCACCCCCAAUUCCACUCCCCGUUCGGUGGCGUCUCCUGCGUCCCCGCCGCCAGAGCAUAUAGCCACAUCGCCUCCGCCGGCCAAGAUGGUCUCGCCGCCUCCGCCGGUCAAGACGGUCUCCCCGCCACUGCCGCCAGCCAAGCUGUUCCAGGCCUCGCCAGUGCAAGUGCCUCCGCCGCAGUUCGAGAAGGCAGAGGCUAGGACGGAUGGAUCGGCGUUCGGGUUCUUCUGGGACGCGGUUUUGCGCGUGCAAGAAGCGCACGCAAGCUUGGAUGAGUACAUUUCGAAUUGGUUCGGGCUGGAUCAAUCCAAGUACCAGUGGGCGCUCAACGACUAUUACGAGAGCACCGGAAAGGAGAUGGAUCCGGGCAAGGCUACCAAGACAAUGGAGCUUAGUGGUAAGAUGCAGAAAGUGUAGUGA